CAUGUCCGCGCGCCGGAACGAAGCGGUGCAGUUGCAAACUGCUUGGGAAACGGCGGAGUCAUUCGGAGUUUUCAGCGAAAUCGUGCAAAUUUUUGACAACCGACGCGAUGACGGCGAGAUACGACAGGGCGAUCACGGUAUUUUCACCGGACGGCCAUCUGCUCCAAGUGGAAUAUGCUCAAGAGGCUGUGAAAAAGGGUUCGACAGCGGUUGGUGUACGUGGGGCUGAUGUAGUAGUUUUAGGUGUGGAGAAAAAGUCAGUGGCUAAAUUGCAAGAAGAGCGCACAGUACGCAAAAUAUGUCUCCUGGAUGAUCAUGUAGUUAUGGCCUUUGCAGGUUUGACUGCUGAUGCAAGAGUGUUAAUCAAUCGUGCGCAAAUUGAAUGUCAGAGUCACAAAUUAACUGUAGAAGAUCCUGUUACCUUGGAAUAUAUAACAAGGUAUAUUGCAGGCUUAAAACAGAAAUAUACACAAAGUAACGGCCGUAGACCUUUUGGAAUCUCCUGCCUCCUAGCUGGAUUUGAUUACGAUGGUGUGCCACAUCUAUAUCAAACAGAACCAUCAGGAAUAUAUUACGAGUGGAAGGCAAAUGCGACGGGUCGCAGUGCCAAAACUGUACACGAAUUCUUGGAAAAGUAUUACACUAUGGAAGAGGUGUCGACAGAAAAGGGCUCUAUAAAAUUAGCAAUUAGAGCAUUACUUGAAGUAGUUCAAUCUGGACAGAAGAAUUUGGAAAUAGCAGUGAUGCGACGCGGAGAGCCGUUACAGAUGUUAGAUACAGACACUAUAGGCGAAUACGUGACGGAGAUCGAAAAGGAGAAAGAAGCAGAAGCUGAAAAGAAAAAACAGAAAAAGUGAUGUGUCAUGAUACAUGUCUAUUAAUAUUAAUUUUUUCGUAAAAUAAAAAUGCUACAGUUAGAUAAAGGACAGAGAAAUGAAACUCGACGAAAUUGCGAAACUUUUUUAUUCGUACUAUUUACUGUCACAAUUGUGUGAAAUGUGUAUGCAAAACCACUCGUCGUGUUUGAGAUCUCGUAAUUUGAAUUAAUUACAGAGGAAGAUCAAUUUGGUGUCACUUGUUUUUAGCAAUAAAUCAUUAAUUGAA